GACUACUGGAAGAAGUAGCGAUGUAAAUGACUACUUCGUGUGGAGCGUUUAAAUUUUAUGUCAUUUGUGGGAUAAAAUGCGAAAUUUGCGUUACACGUUUAUGAAAACGCAUUUGGAGAUCAUUCUCACAGACGAAACUACCUUAAGUGAUUUUUCAGUUAUGGUUAAAUGGAAAACACUGACAGUAUAGGUGAACGGUUAACAGAUGGAGAAGAUAGUGACUCUGAAGUGGAUGACUCGAAUAACAUGAUGGAAGACAGCUCUUCAGAUGAAAUGAACUCAGAACACAGGAAGACAGUAGAGACAAAGUCUGAUUUGUGUGACUCCCCCGUUUCAAAAGCAAGUAAUCAUCACAUUCCAAAGAAGAAAUCAGGUGUCAGCUGUUCCAGCAAAGGAAUUAGUAAAAAAUCUCACUGUAAGCCUUCGACUUCUUCAGCAGCUACAAAAGUGCUUCUGGCUGAAGAACUAACAGAAGAACAAGUGAAGGACAAAAAACUUUUAAAAGAAAAGUAUAAAAAUUCUAAAUUCCAAGAGAAACUUCUACUAAUGGAAUUAAAAAAUAUGGAAAGAAAGAUCGAAAUGUUCAAAAAGUCUCAAAAACUUUGAUUCAGGUGUUUCUGGAAGUGUAUUUCUGAUUUUCUAAGUUAUUGCUUUAGUUUCAUAAAACAAGAAAACCAUUUUUUAUUUCUCAUUAAUCUAAUACCAUUACUUGUAAAUAAAAGCAUAUUGUUUAAAACAUCA